AUGACUUGCCCGUCGCUUGAUCAGCUUGGGGCCAGCUGGGGCCAUACGGGGUCUCCAGGCUGCAAGUCCUUUCCAGGCCUGUCCCUGCUGCCCUCUGUGACAAUUUCUGCCGAUUCAGCAUCAAUGGUUUGUCCCGCAGCUGCCGUGCAGACAAACUUCAGCCAUCAGAUGUUCCCUGAAGCACAGAGUCCCGUUCUCAGAAGCCAACCAAGCUGCGCUUCUGGGCAGUGCUCUCUCACUUCGUGGCCAGGACGUCCACAACUCGACACCAGCCCUCCAAGCCUGGGAGGCACCCCUCCUCGACUAGGCAGACAAGUAUUUGGGCUGUCUCACCAGUCCUGUGGGAGCAAUCCGCUUCCGUCAGAGGAUCUGUGGAUUCUCUCGGCUUUCCUGGUAUAUUCCUGCAGUAGUUCUGGAGCAAAAGUUCAUAAUGCGAUGUUUCUUAUAUACCACCCAUCUCUAAGUAUUGGGAAUACACAAGGGAAACAAAGACAUUUCUCUGUUAUACGGAUUUCAAGGCCUAUCAGCUGCCUGGAACAAGAUCUGCUCACUUGCACAGCUGUUUAUUUGGCUAACUUGUUCUACCAAGAGGAUAUGUGUUACUCUUCAGAUUAUGAGAUUCAAGGUCAGAAGUGCCUUUCACCUCCUGCCAUGAUUCUGAAGCCUCCCCAGCCAUGUGGAACUGUGGGAACUGGAGUACACGGACACUAG